AUGAAUGACCAUGAUGCCGCUGAUGAUGAUACUGAAAUUGACGAGAUGAUUCCGAUAGUGGAUGACUUCCUUCAGCCGUCAUUCGAAAUGGAUGAUAAUCCAGAUGCAAAUCAAUGGCGCGACGAAUUAUUUGAAGAAAUUGAGGCCGAGUUGUAUCCUGGUUGUGAUUGGAUAUCUUCUCUUAACUUUUUGGCAAAGUUAUUGCAUUUGAAAGUUAUGGGAAAGAUUCCUAACAACAUAUUUGAUGAAUUGCUGAAGUUAUUAAAAUUUGCUUUUCCAAAGGAAAAUAAAAUUCCAUCAAACUAUUAUGAUGCCAAGAAAAAAUUGAAAAAAUUAGGGUUGGGGUAUGAGUCAAUUCAUGUGUGCAAGCACAAUUGCUGUUUAUUUUACAAUGAACAUGCAAAUGAAGAUUCAUGUCCAGUCUGUGGCACUAGUAGAUGGAUAACUUCAGAAAAUUUAGGAGCAAAAAAGGUGCCUCAUAAGGUGAUGCGUUACUUUCCGUUAAUUUCGCGACUGAAGAGACUGUAUACUUCAAGGCAUACGGCAAAAUACAUGGUAUGGCACCACAGUGGUAAAUCAAAAGAUGAGGGUGUGGUGCGACACCCUGUGGAUGGUGCAGCGUGGAAGGACUUUGAUGCCAAACACCCUGAUUUUGCUAGUGAACCUCGAAAUGUUAGUCUCGGUUUAGCUGCCGAUGGCUUUAAUCCAUUUGGCAACAUGAGCCAAGCUUACAGUGUGUGGCCUGUAGUUUUGGCGAACUAUAAUCUUCCACCUUGGUUAUGUAUGAAAGAUAAUAAUUUUAUGUUGACCAUUCUUAUUCCUGGAGAUAAAUCACCAGGAAUGGACAUAGACGUAUUUUUAAGACCCUUGGUGGAUGAGUUGAAGGAGUUGUGGGUUAACGGAGUAGAUACGAGAGAUUGUCGAACCAACACUGUCUUCAAGUUGCGUGCAGCUCUUUUGUGGAUAGUGAAUGAUUUUCCUGCUCGUAGUUAUUUGUCUAGUUGGAGUGGUCAGGGAUAUAAAGCUUGUCCUACUUGCAAUGAAGAUACAUCUUCUAUUCGAGUAAUUGGUAAGACAUCUUACGUGGGUCAUAGAAGAUUUUUGCCAAAUAACCAUCGAAUGAGAAGGGAUACUCAAUUUGACGGACAAAUUGAGAGAAGACCUCCUCCAAGACGUUUUACUUGUGAAGAAGUAUUAGAACAAGUAAACAAACUCCCACCCCACCUCCCUGGAAAUCAUGAGCUCUUUGGUGGUGUGAAGCGUAGGCGAAAUGUUUGUGAUAAUUUAUUGGGCACAAUAUUGGACAAUGAGAAAUCCAAGGACACUACCAAUGCAAGACACGAUUUAAAGAAGCUAGGCGUCAGAGAAUCGUUGUGGAUUUAUGAAGAUGAGAGGGGGAAGCUGUUGAAACCUCAUGCACCUUACGUGCUUAAACCUGAUGACAGGAUCCAAUUUUGUAAAUUUAUUAAGGAUGUGAAAUUUCCCGAUGGCUUUUGUUCGAAUUUGAAAAAAAAAGUACAUGAAAAUUUAACAAAUGUCAUCGGAUUGAAGUCACACGACUGCCAUGUAAUAAUGCAACGAUUACUGUCUGUUGGUGUUCGCAAGUUUCUCCUGAACGCUAUAUCGACCACCAUCUCUGAACUGUGCAACUUUUUUAGGCAAAUUUGUUCAAGGACUAUAAAUGUUAAAGACAUGGAGGUUGCUCAACAAGAUCUUAUUUUAAUCUUGUGUAAAAUGGAGUCCAUAUUUCCUCCUGCAUUUUUUGACAUAAUGAUUCAUUUGGUCCUUCAUUUGCCUGAAGAAGCAAUUUUGGGUGGACCUGUUUUUAUGAGGUGGAUGUAUCCAUUUGAAAGAUACAUGAAAAAAUUGAAGAACUAUGUAGGAAAUAAAGCACGUCCUGAAGGGUCGAUAGCAGAAAGUUACGUUAUUGAUGAGGCUUUGACAUUUUGUUCAAUGUAUUUCAAGGGGGUUGAAACAAGGUUUAACCGUCUUGAUCGUAAUGAAGAUGAGGUUGUCCCACGAAAGCUUUAUGUGUUUCAAUCUCAAUGUCGACCCAUUACAAAAGGUAAUCUCCGACCACUUGAUCGCGCAUCUCGUGAACAAAUAUAUGACUUGCACAAGUCUGGAUCAUUAGAGAAUGGCAAAGAGUUGCUAGCUUUAGCAUCCGGGUCUGAUCACUUAGGUACUUACUAUGAAGGUUGUAUUGUGAAUGGAGUUCGAUUUAUGGCUACCAAAAGAGAUGAGAAGAGGAGCACACAAAAUAGUGGAGUGUUUGUGGCAGGAACAGAAGUUGAUCUUGGGGAGUUAAUUUUGCUACCUAAUCAACCUCUGAUGGACAUUGGCACUGAACCAAGUUCGCCUGUCAACGAAGAUGACCGCAACAUGGACGAUGAAGAUGCUACUAAAGAAUCUGACGAAGAAAUUUUAGUUGACUUUUGUGAAGAUGGUGUGAAUGAUCAUUUAGUUAAUAAUGAUAGUGAUAUGGAUGAUUAA